AUUCGUGCCGCCGAGUGUGUUGUAUCGAGCGCACCGAGCGUCGCCGUCAUUGUCCAGCGUGUGGCGCUAUACUCGCUGCGGGCAGCGGAUACUGUUUUGUUGACGGAAGUACCCCGCGGAAGAAGAUCAGGGAUGGUGCGGGUGAAGUCGAGGUAUCUACUGUGCGAGGUCAACGUGUCCGACCGGAGCCGCCUGCUGCUGCUGGACGACCGGGCUGUCGCGACGGCGGUGAGGGCAGCGGUGGCCCGCACACACGGCGACUAUGGGUCGGCGUUGUGCACCAUCGGAUUCUCCGUGAAAUACCUGAAUGCUCAUACUGGAAUAGUAUUUUUACGCUUCCCCAAAAGGAGUUACAAACUCCUCUGGUCUGCGUUGCCUUUUAUAACUAGUGUUGAAUCUCGUGGUCAGAAAAUUCCAUGUUCUCUCAACUGUUUGCAUGUGGGAGGAACGAUUAGAACAUGUCAGAAGUUUCUGAUUCAAUACAACACCCAACAGCUCCAUCUAAUGCUUCCUCAAUGUAAAAAUGAAGAGGAAAAACAACAGGUUCGCAAAGCAAUUCUGAAUUGCUCCCUACCGGGAGGAAACAAGGAGGCAUUUGAAGAUGAAUUAGAGAUUGAAGAAGAUGAAGAAGAGUGACUUCAAAACAUGCAGUAAAAGGUGGCAGCUAUGUAGUGCUCCCUGGAUGGUCUGGCUCUGACUAUUUUUAUUUAAAAAGGAUUAAUCUGAGGGAAGAUAUUGAAGCAUUUGAAGAAACGCAUGCUGUGGAAACAUGGUUUCACUGCUGCUGUUCACUGCAUUUGUUCCAAAACAAAAUGUAAUAUAUGUCUGUAUUCAACAGAUGUACACAUUACAUUAGGUUUGUCACAUAAAUCAUUUGGGUUUGCAGGGUGGCCUGAUAGUCAGCAUGAAUGUCCUGCUGAUACUGAAUUAAUAUCUUAGUUAUUUUGAAUAAGGCACAUUAUUAACUACAAUUGCAUUGCAAAAUAUGACCAUGGCCUGAAGAAACUGGGUUUGUAGGUUUUGAAUGAAUUUAUUUUUUGUUAUACAAUGUUUUGUGCUAUAUUUUGUUCACCAAUUAAAGCACUACUUUUGAA